UCACAAGAAACAGGGUUGGAGACACCAGCAAAAAGUGUCCCUGUGGUGAGUAUGUGCGAGUGUUAAUAUAUGUGAGAGUGAUUGUGUGCCCUGUGACAGACUGUCAACCUGUCCACCUGUCCAGGGUGUAACAGCGCCUUUGCCCAACAGUAACCAGAACAGGCUGCAACAACUCCCUGACCCUGAAAGGGAUAUAGCGGGGUUAUGAAAGUGGAUGGAUGGAAUUUCUUACCAAAGAGAGUUAAAUUUGCCUUUCAACAUGUUUUGUGAAUUUGCCACUAGAGGGAGACAUCCGCCUUUGUAUUUUCUGAACCGGCCGAACGACAACCUGUUGGACCAAGUUUGAGUUGGGAAAUUCUCACUUUUUUUUAAAGGCAAAAAUGUGGUUACAAUUCCUUAAAAUUUAAGUAUGAAUUUGAAUAUUCUGCUGUAGCAGUUCACUUUCUUGCUCAAUGGAGCCGAACAUGUCGCUGAAGGAUGCUCUGCCAUGACGCAUCAGGAAUAAAGCAUCCCCCCCGCCCCGAAAGUAAACGAGCUCAACACUGACUGCUCUCGUGUCUCCGUCACACAGCAACACUUCAGCGUUUCCCUUCGGUAUAAUUAGCCCGAGCCGCUCGGGCUCGGCAUCAGCCGCUCGGCAUCCAAAGAGUUAACCUGCCGCCUGUGGUGCUCUGAGCACCACCACCCAACCAACCGGGCUGUGUCGCUAGGGGGAUAUAAGGUAUUUGAGAAGCAACAGAUCUCUAUCUGGACGAUGAGCGCACAUCUGGGCCGAUAGGAGAGCAUCUGAAAAAACAAGAAGUGAGGAAAGCUCUCCCGCUUCGUUAUGAGAGGAGAAAAGUUAUCUGGAACAUCUGCGUUUUUUCUCUCCAAGCUUGAACCUAAGGGCAGAGUUCUGUCUCACGCGGAGACUGAUUCAUCCUUUUUAGGUUAUGUGUUGGUUGAGUUAUAAAAUAUUUAUUCCAGUGCAACCCUUCUUGGUCUGAGGAGUUUAUCUUUUUCUUUUUUUCUUUUUUACCAGAAACCUAGAAUAUUUUGGAUAAAAACAAGCCUGUUUGGAUCCUGGUGUUUCCGCUCUGUUACUCCAAGACAAACUACAUGGCUCAUAGGACUGGUAUGAGUGUGUUCUUUGUGUUUGCUUUUUGAUUUUUAUUUCCCACGAGUGGACAGUCGUUAGGAUCCGAGUGCGCACUGCCGAGGGCUCUGCGUCUAAAUGAUAAGCUCGGUGUGCGUAUCGACUUACCGAGGGCGCAAGUCAGGCAACAAACCUCCAUCCAAAUCAUGCCUGAAGGAGGAGAUGGCUAGAGGCGAAGACUCAGAUAAAAUAGUCAUCAACGUUGGAGGAACUCGUCAUGAAACCUACAAGAGCACCCUGAGAACCCUGCCGGGGACGCGCCUGGCGUGGCUGGCUGAGCCAGACGCGCAGGUCAGCACCGACUCAGUGGCUGAGCCCCCGAGCGCCGCCGAGUUCUUCUACGAUCGACACCCGGGGAUCUUCGCCUAUGUGCUCAACUAUUACCGGACCGGGAAGCUCCACUGCCCGGCGGACGUGUGCGGGCCGCUCUUCGAGGAAGAGCUGGCGUUUUGGGGGAUCGAUGAGACUGACGUGGAGCCGUGCUGCUGGAUGAGUUACCGGCAGCACCGGGACGCAGAGGCGGCUCUUGAGAUAUUCGAGCCUCCGGAUCCGGACGACACAGACGAUGAAGCCCCGAGGCGGUUCGGUAUCGAGGACUGCAGCGACAGGUCCAGGAGCUGCUGUGAAGUUUGGCAGCCCAAACUCUGGGCCUUGUUUGAUGACCCUUAUUCAUCCAGGGCGGCCAGGGGGGUGGCUUUUGUAUCUCUCUUCUUCAUCUUGUUGUCCAUCACUACUUUUUGCCUGGAAACCCAUGACGCCUUCAAUGAAUGGAUGGAUAAAGUUUUCCAAGGCAACAACACGUCUGGUAAAAGUAAGGCGGAGUUGGGUGGCAGUAAAAUCCUCCACGGAGUGGAAGGUGUGUGUGUGUUCUGGUUCACGUUGGAGUUUUUGGUGAGGAUCAUCUGCUGCCCAAACAAAUGUUUUUUUAUCAAAAACACACUCAAUAUCAUUGACUUUGUGGCCAUUCUGCCUUUCUACCUGGAGAUGUGCCUGGAGGGACUGUCGUCAAAAGCUGCUAAAAAUGUGCUCGGCUUCCUGCGUGUGGUGCGGUUCGUGAGAAUCCUUCGAAUCUUCAAGCUGACCCGACACUUUGUGGGCCUGCGGGUUUUGGGUCACACACUGAGGGCCAGCGUCAACGAGUUUCUCCUGCUUGUCAUCUUCUUGGCACUGGGAGUUCUUAUUUUUGCCACAAUGAUUUAUUAUGCUGAGCGCAUUGGAGCAAGCCCCAAUGAUCCCACAGGCUUCAACCACACGCACUUCAAGAAUAUCCCCAUCAGCUUUUGGUGGGCGGUGGUCACCAUGACGACACUGGGUUACGGGGAUAUGUACCCGCAAACAUGGCUUGGCAUGAUGGUCGGGGCGUUGUGCGCACUGGCUGGCGUGUUGACCAUUGCCAUGCCUGUUCCUGUCAUCGUCAAUAACUUUGGCAUGUACUACUCUUUGGCUAUGGCGAAACAGAAGCUGCCAAAAAAGAAAAAGAAACACACCCCAAACCCAGAAAUCCUGACUGACUCCGCCUCAUUUGGGAAGUCGGAAACAAACUCGCACAUUGACAGCACUCAGAGUGACACGUUCCCACUGGCUGCUGAGGAGAGUCUGGGAAGGAGUCGCUCAGACUCUAAACAGAACGGGGACGCAAAUGUGGCCCUCUCAGAUGAGGAAGGGUGCAGCCUGACCCAGCCGCUGUCCCCUAGUGAAAAAUGGUCAAAUCGGUGCUCCAGAGGGCGAGGAAGGAACAAGAGAACAUCAUCCGGCAGUGCUGAGACGUGUAAGGACUUUCUCAGUACCACUGGAAAUCAUGCUCAGCCAGAGGUCACCACUUUGACCUGAGGAGGGCUUGCUACAAAUGGAAGAAAGGACAGCAGCUCCACUGUGGCACUUACGACAUCACGGCGUUCUCUUGUGAACAAACCACAGAUACAAGACUUGUUUUUUUCUUCCCACUUUUUUCUAUUUGCAUUUUCAACAUCCAGUAAAAAGUUAUUAGGUAACACAUAAAACAUUUGUGUUUUGCACUCAUUUACAUAUUUCACAAAUGUUUUGCAUGCUUUGCAUGAACUCAUACAAUGCACUAGAACAGUUAUUGGAAAUACUCAAUAUUCUGUCAUCUAGCUCUUUUAUAUUUUCCCAAUUUUCUCCUUUUUUUGUUUCUUUUACUGGUUAGAAACAUGAGGUCUCCAAGUGGAUCAACUGGUUUACAGCUUGUGUAACCACACAUUUGUCACAAAAAUAGUAACAAGUGACAAAAUGCCAGAUUGGUUUUUAAGAUGUCCAAAAACAACAUCCAUAGAAAUUAAACUUUCAAGCUUUUCUUUUUUAUAAAAUGUUUCAUUUCUGCAGAAUAUCAUUCCCAGUUAAGAGAAUGAAUGUACAUAGACUUGUAAAGUAAAAGAAAGAACCAACUUGUUUCUUCUUGAAAUGAAAGAAUAGAAACACAGAGGUUUCUGUGCAAUGGUUAGACUCUCCAUGGGGAUUCUGUGCUUCAACUCAAGCAAUGUGUUGUCUGUCUUUGCACCCUAAGAGUUUAACAUAAAGAGCAGAAACAAAAAUCUGUACAACAGUAUUGUUUAUAAAGGUUAGUUACGCAAAGUUGAUGUACUCUUACUGGUUAAAGCCGGAUACAGACAUUUAGAUUUAAUGGUGGACUGCUGGUAUGUGAUCCUCAUUGUGAGAACUAAAGUUUAAAUGUUUGCUAUUACUCGAUUUGUUUUGCCCCCCCUUAGCUUGAGUUGGGUUUGCAGAAACCCUAGAGGAGUUUUAUUACUGUUUCUGAGAACUUCUAUCCCUCAUGGUUAACCAUAGUGGCCUUACGUUUCAACACAGAUUAUUUUACUGUCGUUAGUGCAUUUAUAUCCUGAAUCAAAUACCUGUAGUUAUAUGCAAGCGUAGCUGUGUGUAUGUAGCCCAGAACAUUACUGUAGAUAAUUAAACACUUCUCUACAUAUGCCUUGUAUGCCCAAAAAAACUGUUUUUAACCAACAAGAAAAGUGAUUCAUAUAGUCAUGGAAAAAAAUCAUGGUUGCCUUGUAGUUCUGUCAAAGAAAUGCCCCACUUCUCUUGGAUAAUUGUUACAAUGUUAGAAAUUCUCUGGUUUUUAAGUGUUUGUUGUUUUUACUUUGCUCUGGAACAGCACAAAGAGCAGAGAAAAAGUCACAGAACAGAAAAAAGAAAUGGGGCCUCUGAGGAAAAGAGUAUAGUUCCUACAAUCAAACUGAAAAAUAAGUUUUGGGGUUGCUUUGCUGCUUCUUGCACUGGAUGCUUUCAUGAAAUCGGAUGGUUAAAAAAACUUGGGGCACAAUGUGGUGGCCACUGUCAGAAAGCUGCAUCUCCCCCAAGAGGUCAUAGAUCUUCCAGAAGGACAACGACCUGAAACACUUACUCCAGAUCUAAAUCCCAUUAAACACCUGUGGAGAAAUCUUAAAACAGCAGCUGGUACAAGACAUCCUUCAAAUCUAAAUGACCUGGAACAGUUUGCAAAAGAAGAUCCCAAAAAUCAUUCAUGGUUAUGAUUUAUAUCAUUCUUUUUUUUCCAAAGUGGGUGCUACCAAAUAUUAAGUUAUUAUAGAGUGCUAAUAAUUGUGUCUAGUUCAUUUUUGACAACAAUUCUGUGUAAUUUUUUGUCAGGUUUGACUUUUCUCCAGUUUUUUUUACCCCCCAGAGCAAACCAAAACAUUAAAUACUACACAACCAAAACAUUUGCAAUUGGAACAAUUAUCUGAGAAUAUUGUUGCAUUUUUCAAUGAAAUUUAUAGGAUGCCAACAUUUUUGGCAAUGACAAAAUUUCAAUAUUUCUCAUUUUGAACAACGUUACCGUUUGUGCUGCCUUGUGUAAUCAAUGUUAGACAAUCACACAGUUUUUUUCUUAUGGAAUGUGUAAGUGACUGUGACAGAAUAAGGUGUCAAAGGAGAGAGUCUGGGUGAUGUAACAUCAUAUAGGCAUGUGUUUCUAUGCAAAAAAUAAUAAAACAUUUCCCUUCCCUCGUGUCAAA